UCGAGUAGUCGAAAAUCGACUCAGUUGUCCCUAGAUCCCUCAUAAAUUCCAAAAAUAGACGAUAACAUAAACAAAUUCCACAGCAUAAACAUUUGGGAUAUUCUAAAUGUUAAAGAAACAGAAGACAACGAAAAGAUACUGUUUAAAUUAUAAUAUUAUUUCAUCAAUGGUGGCCAGUACAAUAUUAUUGCAAAACCUACAUACACACCAUUAGUGGGUUGCGAGCUUGUUUGUCCAGUUGAUACCUGUGGCUAGAAAUUGAAUUGUAUCUACCUUGAAGAAGAUUGUAAAUGUGUGCGUUAUUAAAGAGAUAUACCUUAACAAGCAGUUUGCUUUCGGCAUAAGCUCCACAUGAAAGUGGAUACGACUACCCGCUAACGAGGUAACAAGACACAAAUAAUCAGUUUGGUGUGUAUUCAAUAGCAGACAUUUUGGAAGAUUCAGAACAUCGUUAGCUAAACCAGUUACCCUUACUGAGCACGAGAAGGAUAGUUGUAGCUUUUGAUAACUUGUUUUGGGCAUUUAGUAUCUAAUCGGAGUUCAUGCAACAUGUUGAUCGAAUUACUAUGCUGAGUAGUUAAUACCAGAUUUUUUUUAGUGGAAAAAGUCGCACAAAGGCAAAUAUAAAUAUGAGCAAAUGUACAGUGAGUGCAAUAAUUUUGUUCGCGAUCGGAGUCCACCUGACGAUGGCAGUAAACGAAUUCGGUGUACGCCAGUGUGAACCAAUACGUAUUGAACUGUGUCGAAACAUUGGUUAUAAUGAAACUUCAAUGCCAAACUUGGCUGGCAAUGAAGUCCAGAACGAUGCCGAAUACACGUUACAAUCAUUCGCCCCUCUAAUUGAGUAUGUAUGUAGUACACAGUUGAAGCUAUUCCUCUGCGCCACUUAUGUGCCAAUGUGCACUUUACAAACGCCAGUACCAAUCGGACCAUGCAGAAGCCUUUGCGAAAGUGUUCGCUCUCGCUGCGACCCCGUUCUUCAAGGAUUUGGAUACCUCUGGCCUCCAGCAUUGGAUUGUAACAGAUUUCCAAAACAAAAUAAUCAAGAAACUAUGUGUAUGGAAGGCCCCGGAGAGUCAGCGGAAACAUUACCAAUAGGAGAAUCUCUUACGCCUGUAAAAUCUCCACCUCACCAGACAAUGGUAACAACAAUUCCCACUUUAGAAUGUCCCGGACAUUCAAAACUGUAUGUAAAAUUGCCUCGAUCUUGGCGCUGUGCGCCUUUAUGCGAAGCAAGUAUUUUAUUCAAUGCCAAUGAUAAACAUAUUGCCGAAAUUUGGACCAGUACUUGGACAUAUGUAGCACUGGGUCUUGGUCUCUUAACGGUUUUAUGCAUUUUGGUUUCUGAUACCGAAACAACCAAAACAAAUGACGCAAAAAAUACACAGGUGUUGAGGCCUUUGAUGUGGUGUCACAUUAUGGUUGUAAUAGGAUGGACAGUGCGUUUUGUGGCUGGGCGUAAUGCUACAUCGUGUGGAUAUGAUCCACAGUUGCCGAAUGUUUCUUUAUUGCUAGUUGAUGGGUUAUCUAAUGGGCCUUGUGCUGCAACAUUUCUUCUGCGGUAUUACUUUGGGAUGGCUGCGGCAGCAUGGUGGGCAAUUUUGUCAUUGGGAUGGCACCGGGAUGUUCGUCGUAAUAGUCCAGAUUCGAUGAACCAAAUUUCCCCAGAUGGAAAUGGAUAUACCAAUCCCAUUGCAGUAAAUAGCCAAGUUAAAGCGUAUCGCGCCAAUUUGAACAAAGUAAGCAAAAGCAUUGUCACCAGUAACUUAGCUAGGUUCUUGGCUUGGGGUUUACCGGCUUUUCAAACCGCCGCUGUUAUUGUUGCACGAAUUAUAGAUGCUGAUGAGCUUUUAGGAGCAUGUUUUGUUGGUAAUCAAUCGGACAAAGGUUUGCAAAUUCUAGUAGCUACACCACUAUUCUGUUAUUGGAUUUUCGGAUCUAUGAAUUUGGCCUCGGGAUUCUUAGUCCACCGGCGAAAUAAAGAAAUAGCAAGCAAUUCAAAUUCCACGCACUUGAGAAUAUUGCUGCAAUUGAAAUAUAGCGUAUCCGGAUCAUUUCUUUUUAUAUACUGUUUUCCUUGCGCAUUACUCCUUCUGGCGGUAAUAUACGAGUUCGCUAAUAUCGAUGUGUGGCUAAGCGAAUCACCAUAUAUAACACUAGAUAGGAGUUUUUCAAGUCUAAAUAACGAAACACCAAUGUGGCCCUUUCUAUCAAGAGCUUUUAUGGAAUUGUUGCUGGCAAUAAUUACAUCCUCGUGGAUAUUAGUGCCUAAAUUGUCGUCAAUGUACAAAGGGCAUAUGACUAAACAUAGUAAUGCAAAAACUAUGCCCAUCCCGCCAUUGCACAAUUCUGUACAUACCACAAAUAAUGUUAGCUGUCGUUUAUCUGGCAAAACGUAUAGUACUGUUUCCUAUCAAUCUGUACGACAAUCUAAAAACAAAUCGUCCAAUGUGGAUCAACAUCAAGGUAGUGCAAUAAUGUUGAAACAUCCCCCAAAUUUCUCCGUUGGCCGAAGCAAAUCUGUUCAAAAGCAAUCAAGCCAUUUCCCAAUUAAUUUACCAGAUAAAAAGACAGCACAUACUUUUACCAUGUACCGAGAUGAGACGAUUCUUUAGCGAUUAAAUAAUGGGAAUCAAUUGUUAUAUUGGAUAAGUCUGUGAUAUGCAUCAAUGUAUUGCCUAUAACUAAAAUAAUUCUAGUGCUAACUAUAUCACGUAUAAAAGUUUAUGGAAACAACCAAUUAUGUUCAUUAAGAAUGGCAUUACAAUAAGUUUAUUCUAUAUAAACACACUAACUAAUUAUAUUUUUAGUUCUAGGGCAAGUGUACUUACCCAUAUUAGUUUUAAGAAAUGUGCCAUUAGUUAUAAGAAAUAUUUAUUUUAAUAAAUUUGAAAUCAAUUAUAUAAAUUUUA